CAGUGCGCACACAGGCCUGGGCUUCCUUUCGGCGAGUCACCGGGCGCGGGCAAUGCCAGCCGCUCUCGGGGGGCCUGGCCGUCUGCGGCUCAGCACACGGGGGCCUGCAGCACCGUGGGACUGACGACAAAUGCAGGUUGGUGCAGCCUUGCCUGUUGAUGUCUUAACAUAUGAGGAAAAGACCUUCUCUGCAAUACUAAGAGUUCCUAGCAGUGGCCUUGUCAAGCUAUGGAGUGCUCUAACACUGCUGGGCUCCUACCAGAACAGGAAGUGUGCUUUCAGAGUGAUACAGACCUCUCCAUUUCUCCUUGCGUUAUCUGGGAACAGUAGAGAACUCAUAUUGGAUUGAAUACACGGGAGACAUGGUUGGACUGUAAGAAGCAAAAGUUGUUGAAGAUGUUGGCACCACUCAGACCUAGAAAUUUUAGUGGGAAUUUCAGAAGAAUUACCCUGACAAAACCAGACAUGACCAGUGCAUUGCUUAGAUUUCCCUCUCUUCAGUGUUUACACAUACAAGUUGGAGACAAGGCUGAACUUACUAAAGCCUUCACACAGAAGGAUGUUGCUAGUUUUGCUGACUUAACUGGAGACACAAACCCACUGCAUUUGAAUGAAGACUAUGCAAAGAGAACUAGGUUUGGGAGAACAAUUGUACAUGGAGUUUUGAU